AAUUUUCCCUCUCUGUAGGAGAUGAUGUACGUCUGGAACGGUUUCACCAUCGUUGGGAAGAGAGCCGACAGCACCGAGGCCUUGCUGGUAACCAUAGAGACGGCAGAGGAGCAGCUACGCAACGACCCCAGCCCGUCAGAGUUUCAUCCCGACGACAGCUGCCUGGUCCAGAUGUUGAAGGGUCUCUGUCUGAAACACCUGGGCAGGUUACUGCAGGCAGAGCUCUGCUUCACACAGGUCCUCUCCAGCGAGAGCCGUAUCAGAUACGAUCACUACUUGAUUCCCUUCACGCUGUACGAGCUGGGGCUGCUUCACAAACAGCAGGGAGACUUCGCCAAGGCCACCACCUACAUCGAAAACGCCAAGACGAACUACAAGGAUUACUCCAUGGAGUCCCGGCUUCACUUCAGGAUCCACGCGGCUCUGAGCAGCCUCAAAGGGUCUCCUGUUGGCACCCCAUAGUACCCCAAAAUACCCCAUAGUACCCCAUAAUACACCACGACACUCCAAAAAACUCCAUAACACACAGGGAUUCCCCCUCAUCACAUCCAAACCAGGACUCCUCCAUUGCUUGUAAAAGUAUAUUAUAUGUUUCCUUAUUUAUUUAUGUGUUAUUGUGUGAACAGAUGAGAUUAUCUAAGCGUCUCAAACAGGCUCAGAGUCAGGUAAGAGUUUAAUGACGAGAUUCAAUGCAAGAUGUUUAUUUAAUCAAUUAGUUAACGAGUCAUUGUCAGAGAAAGGAUUUCAGUCUAAUGGUGCGUCCACAGCGGAAACAAGUUUUACCAGCUCACCGUUUGUCUCUAUAUUGAUUAAUACAGCCGUUAAGACCCAGAGUCAACAGGUUUAAUUGCAAUAUUUGCACCAAAGUGGAUCCGAGUUAACGACGUAAUGACACAGAUUACUCCGUUUGCACGACGGCAAGCAACAUACUUUAAAAUUUUCUGAAUGAACUUUGGUUUACUAAUCUUUGCAUUUGCGUGAGAAAAAUACAUUUGUGUCGGAUGUGAACGCACCAUAAGGGGCUCGUUCACUCAGAGGCGCUUUACAGACAACUUUUUGUUCAUUAAGUUAUGCAGAUAAAGCACAAGGUAAGAACAGGUUUUAUUGUUUCUUAAAUAUCUUGGAAAAACUCUCCCAGUAUUCCCAACAGAAGUUUAAAUCUGUUGCCUUGGACCGCUCUGCCUGAACGAGCCCUUCAUUUAAAUCUGACACUACUUUACAAAUCAUGGCCUUAACCCGCUUAUAA